GAUGCUCUGAAGACCAAGAAAAAAAAAACCCUCUCUUUCCGAACAUAAACUUCUAAAACGGCUCCAUAAAAGGAAAAAAAAAAAAAAAACUUCUUGACAAAUUCUUGUUUUUUUGCAAAACUUUUGAUUUUGCUUUUUAGAUUUUGAAAUACUGUUUUAGAUAGAAAAAUUGGGUAUAUGUAAUUUUGGUGGAUUUAAUUGAUUCUGAUAAUCAAUUUUCAUUUAUUUGAAACAAAUGUUUGAAAGCAAUAAUCUCAGCGUUCAAAGCAAUGGAAGAGUCUGAUUUUUUUCAGGAUGAGCCGGUUGUAACCCAAGCUCGGGCUGGUGCCAAGUUUCAACCCAAGUUUAAACGUAAAGCUAAAGAUGGAACCUCUGGCUCAAUCCCUUCAAAACCCCCUGUAAUCUUGAAGGAUGUGGCCACGACGGUAGCAUCCGCAGCCAUUAAUGCAGUUCAAGUUGUGGAACCCGACAACGUUGUAGAUGACAGUAAGGUCUCCCAAGUAAUAAACCCAUCCCAAGUAACUGUUACAGGUUCUCUGCUUGCUGAGGUUGCCGUUCCGAAUUGUUGCAAUGAUACGAAUUCGAGCUUUGAAAGAACAGUUGGGGAGAAUGCAGACUUAUAUUUUGGGUUGGAAUGUCUUGAUCCAUUACUUACUCAGUCUUCGACUAAUGAUGGAGAUAAUCGGGCUGAUCAUGAAAGAACUGGGACAGAGUUUCAGGAAGCAGGAGUCUUUCCUGAUGUUGAUACUCAAGAUAUUAUGUUUGGUAUGACAACUGCCUCUGGAAGGCGUACUGAAAAAUUCAAACCCAAGCCUAGGCUACAAACUAGUGUACCUGCCUCACCGCCUACUGUGGUUGAGUGGGUUAUGCAUCCUGCAACUGCUCGGUUUGUUCCUUCUGAAACAGCAUUUAAAGAGGGCUCAAUUCCUGACUUUCCAUCCGAUCAUGUUCCCAAUUGCGCACCUGUGGAUUUAGGUUCUUUUAUUCCACCAGAUCCUUCUACCUCUGAAUGUCCGGUGAAUGAGGAACUGGCAAACCUUGCAGUAUCUUCUAAUGCAGGUGUUGAUCUUUCUGGAGAUGUCCCUGACAUGCCUACAGAAGUGAUUUCUACCAUCAUGGAAAGGAACGCUUCUCUAGUAUCAAAUCCUUCUCGAGAGUCCAAACAGUCUUCGACUGGAGGUGAGGUGAAUGGAGAGGGGAAAGCAAGAAAGCAGUUGAGAGAGCAGGUGACUACUCCACAUAAUGUUGAUGAUCUCGAGGAUGGGACUUGUAAUGACGAUGGCCUAGAUGCUGAACUCCCCAGUUAUUAUGCUAUCGAUGAGGAUAAAGACGACAAUGAUGAUGAUGAAUUUAAUGUGGAGCAUGCAUCUCCAAAGAGGAGAACUUCUAAGAGGUCAAAGAAACCAGUGAAUGAAAGUGAAAAACCUCCUCGAAAACGUAGGAAAGCUAAUGAAGCUCAGAAGCAUAAGAAAGCCAAUGAAGCAUCAGAUAAUCCAGAAAAAGAACAGCGGAAGAAAUUUUCUCAUUCAACUCGUAGAAAGAGGAGAUUUGUGGAUGAGUCUUUACUAACCACGCCAGAGGACGAAAUUGACUUUGCAAAGGUGGCCUUGAAGGAUCUCAUUCUAUUAGCAGAUUAUAAGGAGCGGAUAGCGAAGAAAGAGGCGAAAGCAUUAAAAGAACCUUUGACCGAUCAAAGUACCCAAAAGAGAUUGAAUGAGGAAAAUGCUCGUGAUGAAGAAAGCUCUAUUGCUUCAGAACAAGACCAAGGUAUUAUGGAUGAUCAAGUCAAUGGUAGCGCCCAAUCAGACAUCUACUUUAAUUACCAGACUCUCAUGACAAAAGAACCCAGAGCAAGAUGGUCAAAACAAGACACAGAGUUGUUUUAUGGGGCUAUUCGGCAAUUUGGACCUGAUUUUUCAUUGAUACAACAACUUUUUCCUGGAAGAAGUCGUCAUCAGAUCAAGCUAAAAUUUAAGAAUGAAGAGCGUCGAUCUCCAUUUAAACUUUCAGAGGCUUUAGCAAGUCGUGCCAGCGAUCAUUCCUAUUUUGCAAAGGUGAUCGAGCAGUUGCAACAAGUUUCUGGUGCAGAUCCGGAGGCUCAUGGAGAUGUUUCCAAUGAUUUAACACGUGAAGAGGAAGAGGUCACUCCCGAAAAUAAUGAGGAAGCGGCGAAACCCAAGCAGGAUGAGGAUGUAGCAGUUGGAGAUCAAGAAGCUGAUAUUACCCAAGACCAUAGUAGUUUGAAGUCCAAUGAAAUGGACGAUGAGGAUGAUGAUGAUGAAAUAUUGAAUUCAUAUCAAAGUGCAUUUUAGGAAUCCAAACCCCGAAAGGUAGUGUAGAUUUUCUUAAAAUGUUGGAAGAAAUCACAGAAGUGAACAUAUUGAUUUUUUCUUAAAACUAUGUUUAUUUUAAUGGUAUAUUUAAGCUUUUAAAAUUUAGAUCCA